ACGCACAUGUACUGUAUACGGCGCGCCGCGUAUUGCAUAUACGAGACGGAAACGGGACUGCGGCAGUGGCAUGGAAUCGAAGCCAUACUGCUACAAAAAAUAAAAAAGAGGGAUAAAUUAAACCAUCUGGUUGAUUAUAACAUACAAGGAAGAGAGGGAGAAAGUCAAGUACAGACUAAGAAACGUUUUUGAGAGAGAAAUCCACUCCAGCAGCGUUAGUUAACGUUACUUUUGUGAGCGCCGAAAGCCGAGGCCAGGGCCCAGGCCAGGCGAAGUGCAAGUGCAGUUAGAGCAGGAGCGUCAACAUGCCUAAGAAGGGUAAGAAAGGAGGAAAGAGGGGAGGAGAUGAUUUUGGUGAGGACGACGUUCCAAAGACAAGUGCAGCUCCCAGCAUUGAGGAUAAUGAAGAGGGAAAGAGAGCCGACGGAGCAAAAGGCAAAAAAGACAAGAAAAAGGAGAAGAAAAAUCAGAGGAAAGGCAGGCAAGAUGAUUCUGAUGAUGACAUACCAGACCCUAUAGCAGCAGCUAUGAAAGAGGAGGAAGAGGAAACUAACAGACCGACUACAGCUAAAGCUUCCAAAAAGAAAGGAAAAGGGAAGAAGAACCGAGGAGGAAAGGUGGACGAUUCUGAUGAAGAUGAACAACUCAUGAAUAAAAUAAAUCAACUAGCUCUCGAGGAUGAGAUGGAAGAAGAUGAGGAAGAAGAGGAAGAGGUUCCUAAGAAACAACCGAAAGGCAAAAAAGGAAAGAAGCAAGCUGCCAAGCAAGCUGCUUUUGCUCUAUUGGAUGAAAUGGAGAAUGAUGAGGACAAUGAUGAUGUCAACGAUGAGGAGAAUUUAGAUCCACCAAAGAAAGAAGAUCCACCGCCAAAGGAUGAACCAGUAGAGGAAGCAGCUCCAAAGAAUGAAAAGAAAGAAAAGAAAAAGAAGAAGAAAGAUAAGUUUGCCUUCUUGAAUGAAGUGCCAGAUGAGGUGGAGGAGGUGAAGGAAGAAAAGAAGGAGGAGAUCAAACCAGUCACACAGGAUGAGGAGGAUGAGGAUAUCUCAAAGGCAGAAGAAGCCCAGUUCUCAUAUCUCGAUGGUGAAGAUGCAGCUCCUAAAGUUGAAGAAGAGGAAGAGAAAGAAACAAAGAAGAUGAGUCGAAAAGAGAUGAAGAAAAUGAAAAAAAGGGAACAAAUGAAAAAACAGAUGAUGGAAGAUGGAGACCUUUCAAACUUUUCUUUGUCUCAACAAGAAACAAACGUCAAAGGAGCUGCUCUAGAGAAUGCUACAGAUGUCAAGGUAGAGAAGUUUUCAAUUUCUGCCGCUGGUAAAGAGCUCUUUGUGAACGCAUCACUAACCAUUGCUCAGGGUCGUCGCUAUGGUCUAGUAGGACCCAAUGGAAUGGGAAAGACAACGCUCCUUUCACAUAUAGCAGGAAGAAAGUUAGCUAUACCACCCAAUAUAGAUGUGCUCUUAUGUGAACAGGAUGUGAAAGCUGAUGAUACCCCUGCAUUCCUAGCUGUAUUAAAUGCCGACAAGAAGAGAUUAGCACUUCUAAAGGAGGAAAAGGAAUUAUUAGAAGCAAAUGAAAGAGGUGACCAUUCUAAGUCGGAACGACUGAAAGAGGUUUAUGAGGAAAUGGAAGUCAUUGGUGUUGCAUCUGCUGAAGCUCGAGUCAGAAGAAUUCUGGCUGGUCUGAGUUUUACACCAGACAUGCAGAAAAAACCAACCAAGGCAUUCUCAGGAGGAUGGAGGAUGCGUGUAUCACUUGCAAGAGCUCUUUUCAUGGAACCAACUCUUCUACUACUUGAUGAACCUACUAAUCAUCUCGACCUCAAUGCUGUUAUCUGGCUUAACAAUUACCUUCAAUCUUGGAAAAAGACACUCCUGAUAGUCUCUCACGACCAGACCUUUUUAGAUGAUGUAUGCACGGAUAUCAUUCAUUUAGAUAUGCAAAAAUUACAAUACUACAAAGGAAAUUACAAUACUUUCAAAAAGAUGCUUGGUCAGAAGAGAAAAGAACAAAUGAAAGACUAUGAGAGACAGGAAAAGAUGCUUAAGAGUUUAAAAAGUCACGGCAAGUCAACUAAAGCCGCUGAGAAAGAGACGAGAAGUCAGCAGAAGAAGCGUAAUGAGAGGGGUAACAAGAAAAAAGGUGAUCCCACUGAAGAGGAUGAAGGCCCUCAGGAACUUCUCAAGAGACCUAAGGAAUAUGUGGUGAAAUUCACCCUUCCUAAUCCUCCUAGUCUCAGCCCACCUAUCCUGGGAAUGUAUAAUGUUACAUUUGGUUAUCCAAACCAGCCAAAGUUAUUCGUGAACUGUGAUUUUGGUGUCGACAUGACAUCAAGAGUUGCAAUAGUUGGUCCAAAUGGAGUCGGAAAAAGUACAUUCCUGAAUCUUCUCAAGGGGGAACUUGAGCCUCUGAUAGGAGAAGUGCGAAAGAAUCACAGAUUACGUAUAGGAUCCUACAGUCAGCAUUCUGCUGAUCAGCUUACUAUGGACGUGAGUCCGGUAGAAUACCUUCAAACAAAAUACAACCUGCAGUAUCAAGAUAGUCGGAAGCUGUUAGGUCGAUUUGGGUUGGUCAGUCAUGCUCACACCAUCAAGACUAAAGAUCUGUCUGGUGGUCAGAAAUCAAGAGUAGCCUUUGCUGAUCUUUGCCAGAGCCAGCCAGAUGUUAUCAUCUUGGAUGAACCUACAAAUAAUUUGGACAUCGAGUCGAUUGAUGCCUUGGCUGAAGCAAUCAACAAUUAUACAGGAGGAGUUAUCAUUGUCAGCCACGAUGCCAGACUGAUAACAGAGACAGACUGUCAACUGUGGGUCAUCGAGGAGCAGACUAUUAACGAGAUCGACGGUGACUUUGAUGACUACAAACAUGAACUCCUAGUAGAACUUGGAGAGACUGAAAAUAAGAAAUGAUUGAAGCUUAAUUAUAGUUUAUAAUAAACUGUUCUCUGACUCAUCGUUGUAUGAACCCAAAACAGCAUGAAUGUUGCAAGCUGGGCAACAGAAUA